AAAAAAGUUUUACGUCAUGACGUCACGUCACGUUGCGUCAUCCCCCUCCUCCUCCUCCUUGGGGAAAGCGCACAUUCCUAUUGUCCAAGAUGGCGGCGUAGGGUGCAGGCUCUCCCAGGCUGGAAUGUUUUUAACGGAUUUUACGAUUUAAUUUUUGACCCAUGUUUGAGUAUCCCGCGUGCGAAGAUAGUGCGUGCUUCCUGGAUCUGCGUCGCGCUCCCUGACCUGCUGGAAGUCUGAUUCCCGUCCCGAGUGCACCGGGAAGUUUGAGCUCCACCGCCGGCCUUUACAUUAUGUCCAAAAAACAGGGAUAAAAAUAAUCUAAUAAUGUGUUAAUAACUGAUGAGAGACAAAGUAAACCCUAUUCUCUUAUCUCGAGACACUGCGAGUAUUCCCGCGGUGAUCGCGAGCUUUUUCCCCAUACUGCUGGAACAUUCCAUUAUGUUUUUUAAAUAGGUAUAAUUAGACUCUGAUACAAACCUUUUUAUACAAAAAAAAGUAUAACAUAUUGUAGAUUUCUUCCCAGAAUUGGGUGUUUUCUAAAGUAAACUUUAUUUAUUUAGCGUCCAGCUGCUGCAGUGUUUCCCGUCGUGUUUCACUCACCCUGCUGGAAGUGAGCUGCUCCACCACCGGUGACCUCCACCACCCACCGGGUCGAGGAUGAAACGCCAGGCCGGGAGGGAGAGCAGUCCGUCCGGCAGUAAGCGGGUCCGGGACCGGGAGCACCGGAGGGAGGACCCUCCUCUGGCUCUGCUGCUGGCCGAGAGCCGGGGCUACCACCGCCGGAGCCGGAGCCGGGAGAAGCCUCGCCCCCUGCCCCGGCUCAGGGAGGACCGUACGGCGGCCCUGGAGAUCCAGCAGCACCGGGGGGAGCUCAGCCUGCUCGGCCGGCCCCCCCUCCGGACCACGGCUGCAGAACUCCCCUCACCCGCAGCCCGGCCCGGGACCCUGGAGUACAAGACGCUGCUCAUCAGUAACCUGGGCGCGCAGGUGUCGGACGAGGACGUGGAGGACGCGCUGUUCCACGAGUUCAAGAAGUUCGGGGACGUCAGCGUGAAGCUGUCUCACACCCCGGAGCUGGGCCGGGUCGCCUACGUUAACUUCAGGCACCCGGAGGACGCCAAGGAGGCCCGGCACAACAAGUCCUCCAGGCUGGUUCUGGGUGAGAGGCAGCUGAAGAUAGAGCCCAUGUACGUGAGGAGGCGGAGCGUCACGCCGCCGGACGCCGGCUACGUCCCGGUGCACCCCCCCCCUUAUCCACCGUACCGGCAGCGCUCGCUGUCUCCCCCCGGCAACAUUAGAGACCUGCGGGCCCGACACUUUGCCCUGGAGACGCUCAGCAGGGAGCGGGACCGACUCCUGGAUUAUUAUGGGAUGCUGGACGACAGGGGCCGGCCCUACGGCUUCCCCCCCACCCCCGUGGUGGAGGACCUGAAGCCCGAGGACGACCAGAGGGCCACCAGCAACCUGUUCAUUGGGAACCUGGACGGCAACGUGACGGAGGUGGAGCUGAGGCGGGGCUUCGACAAGUACGGCGUCAUUGAGGACGUGGUCAUCAAGAGGCCGGCCCGCGGGCAGGGGGGGGCCUACGCCUUCGUGAAGUUCCAGAACCUGGACAUGGCUCACCGGGCCAAGGUGGCCAUGCAGGGCCGUCUGAUGGGAGGUAACCCCAUCAAGAUCGGCUACGGGAAGGCCAACCCAACCACCCGGCUGUGGGUGGGGGGGCUUGGCCCGGGGAACUCCCUCGCCGCUCUGGCCCGCGAGUUCGACCGCUUCGGGAGCAUCCGGAACAUCGACUACGUGAAGGGGGACAGCUUCGCCUACAUCCAGUACGAAAGCCUGGACGCCUCGCAGGCCGCAUGCACCCAGAUGAGAGGCUUCCCUCUCGGGGGGGCGGAGCGCCGGCUCAGGGUGGACUUUGCAAAGGUGGAGGAGAGCCCCCCUCCCCGGGUGUUCCCCUCCGGGUACCAGCCGCCCGUUGCGCCCCCCCCCCCACACUACGAGGUCCUCGGGGAGACAUUCGGCCGCCAUCGCAGCCUGGAGCGUGAGCUGAGGGCGGGGGCCCGGGAGCGCGCCUCACCACCCCCCCACAGAGAGAGAGACUUCAGUCCCACCCGGAGCCUGGAGAGGAGGGGGGGGGAGGUGUUCGGGAGGCGGGGGGCGCGGAGCCGCAGCCGGAGUCGGGAGCGCUGGCUGAAGGAGCGGGAGGAGAGGCGGGGUGGGCGGAGGAGGAGUGCCUCUCCGGACCGGGAGGGCAGGGCGAGGGUGAGGGGGGGCCCCGUCUCCCCCGAUGCCAGUCCAGACCGAGCAAGGGUCCGAGCCCCCGACUCCACCACGGAGCCGCGGGAGCCCGAGAACGGGGGCCGGCACCCCGUCGGCCACGAGGAAGAGCCGCCCUCCAGCCGCCACAGCAAGAGAUCCGUCGAUCACCACCCCCCCCACCCUCGGAGCAGCGAGGCCCUCCCCCCCAUCCCUGCGGACCCCGCCUCCCCCCCCACCUCGCUGUCGGAGUUUGCGGCGGCGUCCCUGGUGAAGACGUGGCACGGCUUCUUCGCUCUGAAGAACAGCAGCUUCCCCGCGGAGCUCUUCCUGCUGGAGGGGGGGGCCGCCUUCUUCCACGCCGCCCUGCAGGCGUCCCCCCCCGGCCAGCUUAAGAUCGCCCAGCGUCUCCGCAUGGACCAGACCCGGCUGGAUGAGGUGCGGCGCCGCGUGAAGCUGGGCCGCCCGGACGGGUUCUCGGUGCUGCUGGCCCUGCAGGGCCCCGUGGAGCGCCGCGGCCCCCCCGAGCCCGGUCUGCAGGCGCGGCUGCUCAGGCACCUGGUCACAUACCUGCGCAACAAGGAGGCGGCGGGGGUGGUGAGCCUGCCCGCCGCCAAAGAGGGGGGGGGGCCUGGCGCCAUGCUGUACGCCUUCCCCCCCGGCCUGUUCUCCCAGCAGUACCUGCAGGCGGCCAAGAGGACUGUGGGUAAUCUGGACGAGGAGCACAUGGUGGUGGUGAUCGUCAGCGACACCAACUGAUCUGAGGGGGUGGGGGUACAUCCUGGUAAAGAAACACUACUCUGAAUGUUGAAACCCCCCCCACCCCCCACAUGUCCUGAGAUGUUAGACUCUGGGAGAGGAACUACAGACUCUUUUUACUGAUUUAUUCCCUGAGACUGCUCUCUGACCUCUACAGGGGGGGUCUCAUAUGUCCCUCCCCCAGAUGAGUAGAAGCAGGAGAUCCAGCUAACUGGGCCGCCCUGAUUUGACAUUUUUUUAAGCGGUCUGCGAUGAAAGACCCCCCCCCACUAAAUGCUUGUUAGCGACACUAAUUGAUGGACCCUCUGCAGAGUCAGAGAGGAACUGCAAACACUCCAUGUUUCUACGUCUUUUACUGUUUGAUCCCUGAUAAUGAAACACUACUCACCUCUUCAGGGGGGGUUUCACUGUUUUUAAAUGUCUCCUCCAACAGAAUGAUCCCUUGUGUGCACCUCAGUCUCCUUCAUACGGUCAUGUGUUCGCUGCUUCACAUGUGCAAGACGUGUUUUAAAGCGUUUUAAAGAGGUGAAAGCACUCCUGAGGGUUUCAUAGUUAUUUUACUUUGGGACGUUCCUGCAUUUCCUUUAAGUCCUCUGUUCGAUGUGGACGUGAAGCUGGUGAUAUGUGAAGCGUCUACAUCCCAAUACUUCUGUUAGAAUCCCCUCUUUUAUCUUGUAAAGUGUGUGAACGUUAAACGCUAAGACUAGAACAGGGUUAAAGGAACAGGCUGAGUGGUGAUGCAGGAGGGAUCGUUCUGCAGGUGGACCUGUGAGGCACGCGCUGCUGCUUUUAUACUCCAACACUAACCUGACGAUUGUUUAUCUGCUUGUUUACUUUAUUUCCUGUUGUGUAUAUCCAAUCUGAAUGUGUGUGUGUGGGAGGGGCAGGGUUUAUACACAGUCGUUGUAAAUCUCACGGUUCUCACUCGAUCAUUCCAAAAAGUGUCUGUUGGUGCAUGCAGGUGUGUGUGUGUGUGUGUGUGUGCUGUUAUACUGGUGCGAGGUCUGAUCAUAUUACUGGCUCAGAUUUUAUAUUGUAUGCAGACUUUUAUUCCAUUUUAAUACAGAAAUCCAUCCAUCUCUGACCCCUCCUUCUUGUCCAUGUUUCAGGUAUCACCAUACCAUGCUGUAUGGAUAGUGACAGUGUGUGUAGAGGGUAUGUCCACAGUGUGAAUAUGUAGCAGCUGCAAAGGCGCUAAUUGAGUCAAUGAAUUACAAAUCCAAAAGGAGAAAGCUGUAUUAUUUGCAUCGGUGCGGGUAACACCCCAUAAAGUGCAACCUGAUUGAUUUGAUAAAUGUCUUUAUAAAUAUAAGACCUGUCGGAGCAGAGCUGCUGAUAUUACCUGAAGGUUAGGGGCUUGGCCUGGGAACUAGAAGGUCACCAGCUCAAGUCCCCGAAAGUCCAAGUGCUACAGAGGUGUCCCUGAAGGCACCGUUCCCUACACUGCUGCCAGGGCGCCGUACAUAUGGCAGCCCACUGCUGCUAACACUACGAUGGGUCAAAUGCACAAUUCUCAAAUUUCCCCACCGGGAUUAAUAAAAGAACAUCCAACUCAUCCUUAUCAUUACAACUCAAAGAUAGAGACAACACUUUCAGCGCUGACCAGAUCAGUGUCCUUUGA